AUGGAAUCCACCGACAAAGAUGGACACGUUGAUGACCUGCCGCUCUUCCCGACGUCUCAUCGUCUUGCACAUCAUGCCAAUGAUUAUGCACAAGACGCUCAAGAUGAUGGACUCCAGGAGAGAAAAGGAAAGGAGCAGAGAUUCACGGAAAAUGAUGCUAUGACCGAUGAAGUAUACCGGGUGUUUCUUCAUAAUUUGGCGUUGGGGGAAUUGAAGAAGAGAAGUCCUCUUCGUUACGGAUUGCUCACAUUGAGCAAUCCUGAGCCAACUUCUCAGCCUUCCCCGGUUCCAGCACGUCAUCCAUGGUCUCCCUCCCCGCCGAAUCCCGAGCAGCCAUCCACAUCAGGCUACACUGAGGAGAACGCAAGACGAGCAAGUGAGCGAUUUGAAGAGGAGAUGUUUCAAGCCAUCGAGGAGAGCAAAAACAGAAAGAGAAAGAGGACAGGGAAAUAA